UAAAGGAUUUGCCUACUAAAAUUAUUUUAAUAAUUCUGAAAAACGUAACUAUUAGCUUGACGGACGUUGAGAAUUUUAGUGCUACGUGCAAGCAAUUUCAGAGAAUAUCUUUAGAGAUAUGAGCAUCUUUCACUUCAACGGGUUCCUCUUAGUGUGUUUUGUCGUGGCCACGGUACCGGAUGUUCUGGUGCUGGGUUCAUCGGGAAUCAUGUUCCCCGAGAGUAUAGGGUUUCCAAAACCGCCCACGGCGAAGUGCUUUUACAACAAAGCUCGUGUCGUACUGGUAGCGCGAUGUUCCGACCUGAAAUUGAAGGAAAUCCCGUUAAAUUUGAAGACGGACAUACAGGUACUGGAUUUUACCAACAAUGGAGUGCCGACACUGGAGAACGACAGUCUGUAUCCUUACAAGAAACUGGCCUACAUCUAUCUAGCUCGCAAUUUCAUUCGUAAAAUCGAUGAGGCAGCCUUCGCCAAUCAGCAUUACUUGGAGGUGCUGGAACUCGCGACAAACCGUUUCCGCACACUACCCAAAAGUCUCUUUCAAAUGCCGUAUCUUCGCACGCUCUAUCUCGACGAUAACCUGCUCACCGAUUCCGUAUUUAAGAUGAAGGUCACUUCGCCUCUCAGACUGCUGCAGCUGGCCAAGAACGAGCUAACCAUGAUCCCGAACAUAGGUGUCCAGCCGACCCUUCUUGAUCUCAACGUGUCCAACAACAACAUCACCUCGAUCAGCACCGAGGAUCUGGCGCCCUUCUGCUCGCUGAAGGAGCUUGAUCUGACCGGGAAUAACAUAAAUUUUAAGGCGGAUAGCUGCGAUUGUCAGACGUUCAACGCCUGGGUGGAGCUACGAAAGAUCAAAAUGAAGUCCGACAAUCUCUACAAUUGCAUCGAUCCACCUACAACUCUGCACAAGGACUGUACCAAUGUGAAAUUCAGCAAUCGGACGUACGAGCUGUUCAACGAGUGCUCGGCCAUGAUACAGCACAAGAUAAAGACCGAGAAGGCUCGAUCGGUCUGGAUAUACGUCGCCUCGUCCAUCUCGGUGUUCCUCUUCGUGGUGUUCGUGGCAUUGUUUUGCGUGCACAAACGGAACCGGACGCAGCGCAAGAACCAGAAGGAGCAGCAACAGCAGACGGCGAACAACGACAACACUGAGCUACUCCAACAACAACCUGACGGCAACCUAAUAAGUGAAAUAACCGCCAAUAGUACGUAGAAUUCUGUAAAAAGAGCUGUUUUUGGCGUCGAUAAUGCGAGAGUAAAAUUUUACACGAGAAGGGCGGAAUGAAAGUGUAAGAGCCUAGUCAGAAAUAGUCGGUCGAAAAAACGUCGAUUUUACCAUCAUUUCUGGCUGGGAAUUAUUUGAGAAAUAAACGAUGUUUUGCUACAAGUAAGAGAAAGAGAGAAAGAGAGUGAGAACUAUUAAUGUUUAUUGACUAAGUUUAAUCGGCAGAAGAUUAACAGAGCAUUUAAUCGGAUAUAUGUAUAUUUACGUGCUUAAGUUUGUAUCUGAUUAUUAUAAAUACAUAACGCGCAAUGUUCAAUAAACGUAAGAUUAUUAUAAUAGCUCGAAUGCUACUCCUGGCGCGAUUGCCAUUUAAAAAAAAAAUGUAUUACAAAUAUUUCAGAAAGAGUAAGAUAUAUAUAUUAUAUAGCCUCUUGAACAAAGACAAUUCUGAUCAACGAAAGCGUUCUUAAUUAUCAUCCAGAAGCUGAAGAUAUCGAAUAAAAUACGAUAAACUUUUAAUGGUACCUAUUUCUUAUUUUUAGAGAUUACUUAAGACUUUGAAUGGAAAAAGAAAUGAGAAAACAGACUUUAUUGAAAGUAAUCAUUGAAGAAAACUGAUCCAUGAACAUUAAUAUACUUAUAUAAGAUAUAAAUACGUUAACUUAUA